UACUGCCUACUGCUUACUGCCUACUGUUUAAUGCUUCCUGCCUACGGCGUGCUACGUUGUCGCUGAUAUGGCAUGUAAAAGCGAAAGGGUUCCGAAUUCUGUAAGACACAUGUUGGCGGGAAGUGUCAGACGACAAACAGACAAAAUCGCUAUUGUGGUUCAAGGAGGUAAGUUGAUUUAUAAAUAACAAUUAAUGUGUAUAUCCUAUGAUCUAGUUAGAUUGUUUUGAAGCACAAGACGUUUCAGCUCAAACCAUCCUGGCGAAAAUUUAAAAAUAUGUCGACCCUUUCUAUAAUGUUUGAAUAUGUAACUGUUGAAAUCAUAUAAAUACCUUCCCAAUGGACUAUACAUGAUUUUUGGCAAUAUAUUGGCCCCUUUCAAGGUCGGACGGAUGUAGAUUCGGGGUUGUCUGAGCUAACGUUUGUCUUUGCCAAGGCUCGUUCGCAAUGGAACCAAUCACUGCAGGUUGGAAUUUCCCUUUCGUUAAGCUUUAUUACCCAGGAAAAGAUUAUAUCAGUCUUCAUGCUUGGUAUGCUCCAUUUUGUGGGUAUUGAAUUAUAAUAAUGCUAUGAGAUACAUAUUAAAUCAAUCAAAUGAUUAGUAUCAUUCGGAGGUGGGGUAUCAAUUUAAAGAAUUUGUUUGAUUUAUAUAAAUGUCAUGCUGUUAGUGCAUAUGUGUAAGUCUGAACAUAUAUUUCUUUAUUUAUUAGAUCAAGUAUGGAAAGACUAGAUAUCACACAAAUUGGCGAAUGGUUGAAAGAAAAUGGCCUGGGAGUAUAUGAAACAAAAUUUGCAGAGGAACAGAUAGAUGGGAUGGGACUGCUUGGAUUGAACGAAAAUGACCUGGAGAGCCUUAUACCCCAAAGAGGACCAAGGGCCAAAUUACGUUUCUUGUUAACGAAACAAAAGGAUAGCGAAGUUUCAAGUCAGACGUAUCCAGGAAUAUCUGGUAGUUGCCAAGAUGAUGCCAUUUCUCUAGAUAAAUCAGUGUCUUCCGUCAAAGAGAAACUAAAUCUCAUUAGAAAACGGCGCUUGGAAAGAUGUUCUAUGCAGACUGGAGAAUCCCUUGGAUUGAAACGACCUAGAAAAGACACAUAUAAGAUAACAUUCGGCUGGUUAAAGAAAGUCGGGAGCAAGUAUCGAUAUGUUAUGCCCAGGAAGGGAGGUGGUGCCAAAAAGGCAGAUGUGCCACGUGCUGCAAAUUACAUGGAAAUGUGUAAUAUUGCGCGCAGCCUCUUUUCUAUAGCAGAAAGAGAUCAUUGUUACCUUGGCAAUUUCAAUGGCGAGCCAGUUUCGACAAGUAUUAUGUGUGAGGAUUUCGUAAAAAGCAGUAACUUUGUUACUCUCCCCAGACUUUACAUUGUAACAGUUGUGCCUCAGACAUUAAGCAGUGAUAAUGACAUAGAUGCACGGCGCUCACUUUCUCCCCCUUGCUUGACCCCUCAGAAACUUGUAGAUGUACUUACGGCCCAGAAGUUGGAUAAUUCUAAAACUGAAAUUAUGGCUCCAGAGGUAGACAACAAUGAAAAUGUAAUUGUUGUUGUAGAAGAAGAAGCAGAAAAGAAUGCUGAACUUGGAGAUUGUUGUGUAAUCAAAAGGCAAGUUUCAAUGGAAGAAGUCCAUGAGUAUAUAGAGCAAAUUGUUUCCGAAGAAGAAUAUAAUCCAGGAGAAAAUGAAAGUUUUCGCCUGGCAGGUGAAAAUGAUACCCCAGUACAGAUGAGAAAUACUUCCGUUAUGUAUUUUAUUGACUUGAUGAAGCAGAAUGGAAAACAGUACAAAGUUGUUGAUUCUGGCUGGGGACCGUUUGUUAUACUGCCAAAUGAGGAUCUUUGCUCUUUCUUUUCAUUAAGAGAUGGAUUUGAUAUGGACAGUUCAGCACUUAUUUGUCCACCGGUUUUGUAUUUUCUGGCAUUGAAUAACAUUCCAUUUCAGCAUAUAUCCGAAAAUGUUAUCAAAGUAGAUGAUGAUGUACUUCAAAAAUAUCACACAUGGCUUGAAGAAAUGAAAAUCUCGUUAAAAAUGUUAAAUAAAUAA